AUGAGUCGUUUUCUAAAUGUUCUGCGGAGUUGGUUGGUAAUGGUGUCUGUCAUUGCCAUGGGAAACACCGUCCAGAGUUUCAGCGAUCACAGCUUCCUGUCUGAGAAACUCUACACGGGGACACCAGAGUUUGGUGUGUUUUGCCUCCAAGCAAGAACAUUUGGUAUCUGGACAUUGUUGUCGUCAGUUAUCCGCUGCACAUGCGCCAUUGACAUUCAGAACAAAACGCUCUAUCACAUCACCCUGUGGAUAUUUGUGCUGGCUCUGGUACACUUCCUGUCUGAAGCCUUCAUCUACAAAACGGCACCUCUGACCAUUGGCAUUAUGGCACCUCUCAUUGUGGCGAGUUUCUCUAUCGUGGGAAUGCUGAUUGGGUUCCAGUGUGUUCCAGAGCCUCAGGAGGAGGUGGCUGCACGGCAUAAGAAGCGGAACUGA